UACGAAGAGGUUUAGGUCGUGGAACUUGUGUCAGUUACUGAGGCGUCUAUCCUGCGACAAACAUUUGUGGGGUAAUCAUCAAUUAUAAAUCAACCUGUUCACCGCAUAGCGAUCGAGUUGUAAUGCAAAUAUAGUUGGAUGAUCUUCAGAAUAAUUGGUCGACUGAGUCUAAGCUUUCCAAUCUUAGUUUAAGCUAUGGUUGAGUGAAAUUCAAAAAUAUCUCUAAUGUUUUGUGAAGUCAUGGUUUUGUGUGACAACAGGUGCUUUCCGGUUUUGUCUUUCACUCUUUCGAUGUGAGAUUUGACCUGUUUCGGCUGCAGCAUGCUGAGUAAAGUGAUAAAUGCCUGGAGGCGGAAGAAAGUGUUUGGCUCGGCAGAAUAGUAAAGAAAGGAGAAGUGUGGAGAAAUCGGUAUUGGAGUGAGCGAGUGACCCAACCAAGGGAAAGAGGAAAUCCAUCUAAGAAGUUUGAAACCUGCUAAGUGUGUCAACGGCAGAUCAAUAGCUGAAUAUCGGGUGCGUUGUGAGGGAUACUUUGUGUGUGUCCAAAAAUAUGUCAUGCGCCGAGAAGAAUGGGAAAGUUCGAGUUUUGAUUGUAGUACCAAUGUGAUACAGAGGAAUAGUGUGAAUGCAGAUUUUUAGUGAAUGUCACAUUACCACUUUACUGCCAACAUUGGAAAAAUAAUUGAAGGAUAAAAGGAAGCAGAUCACGAUCAAGUGUAAGUGUCCAGCAGCAUACAUUGGUGAAUCUAACAAAUCGAAAGGCAUGUACAUAUAAGGAAACUGCGUUGGAUAUAUUUUACGUUAUAGUGGAUAACGUUUCAUGAUGAAUAAUUGGUGAAAAAUUGGAAAAAUUGGCGAGAUGAAGUAGUGAUUUAGUUGACAGUAUUCAAUCAAGGAGUUGACAGUAUUCAAUCAAAACAGAGACGAAAAGAGUGUGAACUUUUAUCAGGUUAAUCUUUGACACAACAACAUCAGCACGUCAGCCAGACAUUCGUUCUUUCAAGAAAAAUAUUCGAAUUGAAUGUAAAUCUUUGUGAGUAUUCCAAAACCAAGCAUUUAUAUUGUGCCUGUUUUCUUUUUGAUGGUGAAUUUCAAAGAUUGUAUCUAUCCACCUAUCCACUUCAGACCGUUGCGGCAAUAAGUUUUUUUUCCUGGUUUACCGCACGCCAAUAAGCGAUUUUCAGUACAGUACCGGGUGCUAGCUGUUGAUUGAUUGUAAUAGCCGGUGGGUUUCAAAUUGCGGUUACUUGUGAACAACGACGGUCGCGGAUAUCCGACGAAAAGUGGAAGAUAAAGUGCUGUGAUAAAGUUGGCCUUUUUUGCGAGGUAUGGAAUUAAGUGUAUUGGCUUGUUAACGAUGUGGUAAGGUGGAAAUUAAUGGCGCUGCCGAUAGGUGGUAUGCUGGAUGAUUGUGAAUUCUAAUCGUGAUUCUAUGAGAUCGCUUGAUCGUGGAUUGCGCCGGCUGCAUGAUGGACUGUUUCUGAGUUGUUUUUGUUUUGUGUUUGUGUGGAACUAAGAAGCGACCGCAAGUGCAUUUAAAACUGAGGGAAAUUUAUAGAUGUUUUAUAACAUGCAGCGAUAAAAUGGUUGCCUACGAAAUACUCAAAGAUAACAGGCGAUGAGGUGCUGAUGUCGGAAUCAGAAAGCUGGCAGACUCUCCGGCUAUGAAUGCUCCUCGCGAAACAACGUAGCCACUCGAGCAAUCAGAAACCAGAAUAUACAGCGUGACAGCAGAAAGAACGACAAGCAACAACAUGACCAAAGAAGAAUUAGCACUGUUAGUCACAGCUCAAACCCCCACAUUUCCUGCUGCCGCGACAUGUUACGUUAUAAAUGCAUUAGACCAUAAAAGGAGCAGUCCAGAUCUAGAAAAUCGACCCGACUAUCACGCGGCUCGGCGGAGGAGGAAAAGCGCGGCAGCACCACGAUCAAGCAAAUCAUCAACGAAGGUGGCCACGGACGUGAUAAACCGGACACGGACGCGGGACCAACGAUGGAAACCGAUGAUGACCAUGUUGAUGGGAAGCAAUCUUCUGCUACCGCGGUUGCUGCUGCUCGCCGUCAUGUUGAUGGUGACCCACAAAGUGCAUGCGGUGGAAGGCAAGCUGCAGCUGUGCGAAGUGGAGACCGGUCAGACAAAUAUCAUCCUAGAUAUCGAAGAGAGUCGAGGCAAUGUAACUAGUCAACGAACGACGCCUCCAGAGCUUCCCAUUUUCGGUGAUCCAGAUAGUGAAAUCCAACUGGACCUUAACUUCCCCAAAGGUAAUCCCACGUUCACGUUAAGCGGCAAAUCCCUUCAACUGAUUCAUCCGCUAGAUCGCGAUGAGGAAAAUCUGAGCCACAUUGUCUUCCAGAUAAGCUGUACGAUCCGAUCAACACGUCGAAGGCGCAAUAUUCCAAUUAUAGUGCGAGUGUCGGAUGUCAACGAUAAUCCACCGAUGUUUAUCAACACACCAUAUGAGACUGCAGUGCCCGAGUCUACGCCCGUCGGUACAACUAUCUUCAAGAGCGUACUCGCUCAGGACAAGGACGCUGGCGUCAACGGUCUCGUUGAGUACUUCGUGAUUGAAGGCUCUCAGCAAAACAUCUCGGAUAUUUCACCAAACACACUGACGGCUGCCGAUGGCUACGGAGUUUUUGCCAUCGCGUAUCCGCAUCAAGGACAGGUCACAGUGAUGAAAACGCUGGAUUACGAGCGUAUUCAGCGGUAUUACCUGACCAUCGUUGCCUCGGAUCGAUCUCGUAAUGCAUCAGAGCGCCAAUCUGCAACAACCACCCUAACCAUUGAUGUUGCCGAUUCAGAUGACCAGGAUCCUUCUUUCAUCUACCGGGGAUGCGUACUGCUGGACGGUGCUUGUUUAAACCCGGAAUACACGGCCUCAGUUCCGGCCGGCAGUCUCCAGGGUGUUUUGACCGUCACUCCUGAAAGGAUACAAGCCGUUGACUUGGACACCAUCAGUGCACCCAUCCGAUACUCAUUCCUUAGCGGGAUUCCCGGUAACUAUGAUGACUUUUUCGAAAUUGAUUCCCAAACAGGAGUGUUGAAGCAAACGAAACUGGUGGAUUCAUCCGUGACAGCGAAGAAAUUCGACAUAAUCGUCAAGGCCGAAGAGGUAUCGGAAACGAAACGUUUUGCUACCGCAAAACUAACCAUUCACGUGAAACCUGUCGACGCAUAUCCGCCUGUAAUCGGCAUUACUUCUACCGAAGGAUACGUGGAUGAAAAUUCACCAAUUGGCACGACCGUAACAGACUCGAAAGGCAAUCCAAUAAGACUAACCACGACUGAUGCAGAUGUUGCAUCAGAAGAUGAGCAAGUAGAAUAUAUUUACGAAGUUACAACACCCUCGUUUUUUGUGUCUAAGAACGGUAUUUUACAAGUGAACGAGGAAGGAUUAGAUAGGGACCCACCUAGUCAAGGCAAGUAUAGAUUCCAGGUGGUGGCACGAGAAGCAAACGGUAAUGCGGCUAGCGCACCGAUGAGUCUAACUGUUCAUUUGAACGACGUAAACGAUAAUGCUCCAAAGUUGACUAUGGUUCCACCGGUCAGCCUUACUGCUGGUGAUGGUCGUCGAUUAGUGACCAAAGUAACCGCAACAGAUAAUGAUAGCGGAGAGAACGCUGUCAUCACCUAUUCAAUCUUCCAUGUGUCGAACAAUGGGGCUAAUAAAUUUGCCAUAGAUGCCAAAAGUGGAGAGAUUGAGUCAAGGGCCAGGUUAAACGCCGGUGAACAGUAUAGCAUAACAGUGCAAGCCUCAGACAUAGGAGGACUUUCUUCCCAAGCUAUCGUUGAAGUGUCCGUCACACCUGGUCCUAAUACUAAACCUCCUAGGUUCAUCAAACCUGUGUACGAUGUACAAGUCAGUGAAGGAGCUGAAAUCAACUCCACUGUCAUAGUAGUUAAGGCCGAAGAUCCAGAGAACGACCCAGUGAAAUAUGCCAUCACAACUGGUAAUGAUCUCAGACAAUUCUCUAUUGGAAAGGAGAGCGGUGUUAUAAGCGUAAUUCGGAAACUAGAUAGAGAGGAUUUAACACGAUAUCAACUGAUCAUCAGAGCUGAAGAUAGUGGCGGUCUAGCUAGCAGUGCUACUGUGAACAUAAAAGUUACCGAUAUCAACGACAAGAACCCCGAGUUCGACGAGAACGAUCUUCCAUACCUUUUUACCGUAGACGAAGGAAGAGAAAAUGCUGUGAUAGGCGCAGUGCAUGCUACGGACGCUGAUGAAGGAAUGAAUGCUGAAAUUACUUACACAAUCCCUUCCGAUAUACCUUUCAAAAUAAACUCUCGAACGGGCGAGAUCAGAACGAAAUCAAGUCUUGAUUAUGAAACACAAAAGGAGUAUAAAUUUGUAGUAACUGCGCAAGAUGGUGCGCCAGAGCCUCGACUAGGAACAGCGAGUGUAACUGUUAAGGUACGAGAUAUUCCUGAUGAAGUUCCUAGAUUCAUUGAGUCACUCCUGGAGGUGAAGAUUCCGGAAAAUGUACCAGAUAUGGUAGUUACUACAGUUAGAGCCUUUGACCCAGACACCAAACCAGAGAUCACCUACGUACUUAAAAGAGGGCCAGGGGAUUUGUUCAAAAUCGAUGCCAGAACAGGGUUAAUCAGGACGAUUCGUGGAUUGGAUUACGAAAAGGACAAAAUUCAUGAACUAAUUGUUGGCACCCUGGAAAACAACGGAACUAGCCCGGGAGACUACAUAAAAAUAAUGAUCGAAGUAGAGGAUAGGAAUGACAUACCGCCAGUGUUCGUAUCGAUCCCUGAACCUAUUAAUAUAAAUGAUGAUCUACCAAUUGGUUCAAUAGUUGGUUCAACACCUGCCGUUGAUGGCGAUGGGUCUUCACCUGGAAAUGUUGUUCGGUAUGAAAUGGUUGGUCGAGGCAAAGCGUUGAAAUAUUUCCAGGUAGAUGCAGACUCGGGAAUAGUGCGUAUUCGAGAUGAGCUGAGUAAAGAAGACGAUACAGAAUACUUGGUUGAUGUACGCGCGUAUGAUAUGGGAGAACCACAGCUGAGCUCAGUGGCUACCUUACCUAUCUAUGUGAGCCAUAUUCCCGCAAACCCCAAUGAUUCUGCAGAAUCCAGAGUGGAUGCUGGAGGAAUUAUAAACCUUGAAGUGCAAGGCCUUGCUUUUAGCGAUGAUAGCUACAGCACAAGUGUUCCAGAAUCUACAGGAAUCAACGCUACCAUCAAGCUCAUUCAAAUUAUAAAUUCCAAAAAGGCUACAAAGCAUAACGGGGGCUUUCGAUGUGAAAUCAUCAGAGGAAACAAUUUUAAUCUGUUCCGGAUCGAUAUUGAUGAUCAUGCUUGUGCGUUGGUACUAAAUGGGCCAUUAGAUUAUGAAAAGACCGAUAGUCAUGAGCUGGAAGUUCGUCUAGUGUCGAAUAAAUACUUUGUGAAUCAACAUAAGAAUUACGCACAAGUCCACGUCAUCGUUCAAGAUGAUAACGAUAAUGUACCUGUAUUUCAAAUUCCAAUGACUUAUCAGUCGAGUGUACGUAAUGAUACUUAUUAUGCAGUAAUUAGUGCAGAUGCCGAUAUGGACACACCAUUGGUCACGGUAAAAGCUGUUGACAAAGAUGCCGGAGUUUUCGGUCAACUAAAGUAUCAUAUCUACGACGAAAGAAUCAAUGAAAUACCCAACGAUGAUUCGCCAAGUUCGUUCUUUGUCAUUGGUGAAGACAAUGGAAUACUGAAGACUCAGAAGAGCCUUCAAGGCGUGAAACGGGUUCCAUUAGUAUUCAUCGUUGAGGCUCGCGAUAAUAAUGGAAAUCCAUUAGCGGGCGUUGUGCACAAAGCUAAGGCUAGGGUGGUAGUGAACCUGAUCUCGGACAUCAACCGUAUGACUUUGGUGUUCUCCGAUUCCACUCCCAAAGAUGUGCGGCGUCACGUGCGAGCAUUGGAAGAAUUAUUGCAUGAAAAAUCAACUGGGCUAAUUACAGGAAUAGAGAGGUUCAGCACACGGAAAAUACUGAACGAAAAUGGGACAGUUGAGGAAAUCACUGGAGCUACGGAUGUUUGGUUCUACGCUGUGGAUCCAAAAUCUGAGCGAAUAUUGGCUCGCAAUUCAACUUCGGUUCAGAGCACAAUCAUGAUGCCAACAAUUUUGUCGCAAAUCAAUUUUGAAGCAUCCAGCAUAGCAAGGGCGACAGCUCAGGGCAUAUUUGGUCCUGUAGAACCGAAACAGCAAAUCCAAAAAGUUAAAGCAGCAGUUGUCGUCAAUGACGAUGUCUUCCCAUUUGCGCUGAUAGCCGUGGCAGUUGUCAUACUGAUUCUUGGGUCCAUUGGAAUCGUUUACAUUUGUAUUUCAUGGUCAAAAUAUAAAAACUUUAAACAACGUAUGCGCCAAUAUAAUGCCCCAGCAAGUCCUGUUCGCUAUGAUCCUGUUAUUAUUAACUCCCAAGCCCCUGCUUCUGAAAACCAAACGAACUUAAAGGAGUACGAGACUCAGGUGCUCGCGAUGGCUGUUCCUGUAGAUGAAGGUGACGACCUUCAGCUAGACUUUAGCGCCAAAAAUCAUGCUUUCAGCUUGGAUAAUGUGAGCUACAUCACCCAUAAAGAAAAUGGUCAACACAGUCCUACAAAUUCCGACGCAACAACCGCUGUCGUGGGCACUCUACAACGCAACAAUAAUAACAACACGAAGAACAAUAACAAUCUGAACAUUAAUAAUCGACAAAACACCCUCAAUCGAAACCUUGAGAUGAAUCGUAACAACUACCUGAAUCCGUUAGGUGCAGUAAGCAAUGGAAGUGUACCGGGGACGCUAACACUAGGACGAAUAAAAUCAGAGAGAAACAACUACAUCAAUGGCUACGGAGAUACUCUGAAUCGAAACAAUCUUUCGAUGGCCCAAAACAACACAUUUAAUACUUUAGGCAGGAACCACAGAAACAUUAACAAUGCCAAUAGUAACAACAUCAACAACAUCAACCACCACCAUCACAUGCACCACAAUGGCACAGUAAACGGUGCCGAGAAUGUGUCCAACACGUUAGGAAGGAACAAUCGCUACACCGAUGUGCCAAUAAGCAACCCACUAUUCCACAUACGCCAAAAUGGAGAUUUUCAAUCUCAAACACAGCUCAACCAUACAAGCCCUACCAACGAGAAUGUAACAUUCGGUAAAAGAGACUACAAUCAGUUAUCGUUCUCGUAUCUCAACGAUUUGGAUCGAUCAGAUGCCGAAACAACUACUGAACUUUAGAAACGUAUUUUGAUGCAAAAGUGCAAAGUAAAGCUACCAUUACAAUCUAUGUCAUUAUGAUAAAUAUUUGUCGAGUCUGUAUUAUAUCCUUGGCGAUAUCUAAUCAGUAAUCAAUGUACUAAAUGUCUCGAAACUUGGCAAAUAUUUUUCAUUAGGACAAAGCGUGUACUACGGACAUAAGAAAUAGAUAACUGUCAAAGUUCAAAUGUGCCGAUAGUCGAGAUUAAGACGAAGCAUGUGUGUAGAACGCCAACUGCCUUUUAGUUUGAAGAUAAACAUAGUUUUUAAGUUUUAUUCGUUGUUUAUUGUUGAGUAGUAAUCUCUUUCUUUAGAUAGUUUCUAUGCAAAUUUAUUCUCUCUUUCGUUAUUUCGCAUAAUUUAAAUAGACGAGGCAUUUUCUUUAUAAUUAUUCUCAAUUCUAUAACCGCAUCAAGUAUGCAUUAUUCUAUCCCACUUGUUUUUAAUAUGUAUGUACCGAAAAUCGCAUUGUAUAUAUUUAUAUUUUAUUUUCGAUAAUCAAAACAACAAAGAAGUCUGCUUUUAUGUAAAAAGUUAGUCUCUUAAACUUGAAAAGUUUAAUAUCUGUCAAUCAAUGUCGGUACAUACUCCAUCUACCAUCGUGUACAUAUUGAGUCAUUCGUGUAACUAUUAAGUUAAAUUCGUGAAAUAAACGAAAAGGCAGGGUUACUGUUCAUAGGUCUUAGCUCAUCCUAAAACUAUUCUAAAUUGAUGGAUUGAAGCUCAAUUAGUUCUUUUCUAUAUUUCCCUGCAACAAGUGGGAGAUUCUAGAGCGGAAAUAGUUGUUCUCCACCCGUCUGUUUACGAAUACGACCAAUACAGGAGCGUGUUACUUAAUCAAGGAACAGGAAACCCAUUUAUUUUUACUCAGAUUAGUAACGAAAAAAAAAACAAUGAAAUGGCUUUAGUGUCAUGUGGAGGCGAAUAAUUUUCCACGAACUGAAACUGUGUUUAAUAGAUCAAUUUUAAUUUACUGAGUUCUACUCGCGGUUUUUGUAUUGAUGAGAUGAAUGAUUGUUGAUUUUACAAUGAGAAUGGAAUGCCUGUAAAAUAUUUUAGAAAAUAAAUUUUACUCAUAUUGUAUAAAAAA